GUCGGCAAGCCAUGAAUCUCGGCCAUCUCAGCUCGCUACUUCUCUGCCUCAUAUACUUCUGUACAAGCAGUCAAACCCCGACACAAUCAACAGAAAAAGAACCGGCGUCUACAAACACAUCAUCUGCAACCUUAACUGCCUUUCGUAUAAAUGUUAGACUCUUGCGUCGGCUGCGUCGGCUGCGUCGGCGAAGAUUCACAAACACAGAACAGCCAAGUAUAUCAUCGUCGUGGCCUUCCACAAAGGCACAGUCCACUCUUCACUCAUCUAAUAUAUUAUCGUCGUCGUCGCCUAACACGACAGAAGAGCCGACUACACGAUGGUGGCCGACAACAGGAGCACAAUCCACUCUUCAGUCAACUAAUAGUACACUAUUCUGGUCGUCACAGACAACAACAGAAGAGCCUUCGGCAUCAAGACUGUGGUUCACAACCGAGACACAGUUGAUUCCUCAGUCAACUACUGCACCCUACUGGUGGUUUCAUACAACAACAGAACCAGAGCCUACUGUGUCACGAAGGUGGCUCACAAUAAAUACGCAGACCACUCCUCCGUCAACUACUAGUACACUUUUGUGGUCACAGACAACAACAGUAGAGCCCAGUGCGUCACGAACGUGGCUCACAACAAAUACGCAGUCCACUCCUCAGUCAAGUACUAGUACACCAUUAAGGUGGUCACCCACAACUACAAAACCUACUGCAUCACGGUUGUGGCCUUCUACAAAGGCACAGUCCACUCCUCAAUCAACUACUAGUACAACAUCGAACAAGCGAUCCACGACAACAGAACAGCCUACUACAUUCCGAUGGAUGCCAACAAAAAGAGCACAGUCAAUUACUACUGCACCAUCACGGCGGGGCCCCACAACCAAACAACCUAGACAUGUGGAGACAACAUCGAACAAGCGGUCCACGACAACAGAACAGCCUACUACAUUCCGGUGGAUGCCAACAAAAAGAGUACAGUCAAUUACUAGUGCACCAUCACGGCGGGGCCCCACAACCAAACAACCUAGACAUGUGGAGAAAACAGAAAAUCCGAGAAAUGUGGCAAAAACAGAACAACCUAGAUAUGAGAAGGGCACUGUUCGACUUUUUGGAGGAAUUUCUACCAACGAAGGACUAGUUGAGAUACUUUAUAAGAACAGAUGGAGCUCUGUGUGCAGCGAUUUCUGGAAUGUCAAUGCGGCAAACGUGGUUUGCCAUGAACUUGGCUUCGACAAGGCAGACACUUUAAGGACACCAGCAUACUUCAGCCCCUUUCGGCCUGCUCCAUUAACAUGGUUCAGCAAUUUCAACUGCAACGGAGACGAAAACUCAUUAAGCCAAUGCAUAUAUACUAUUUCGAACACUGAAACAUGUUCCGGGCAAGACGUGGGUGUAGUCUGUGUGAGUAAUGAAAAAGAAAACACAGGAGACGGCACAGAAAUCCAUGUUGGAGACGGCACAGGAGGCCAUUUUGGUGACAACACAAGAGUCAAUAUAGGAGACCAAACAGGAGAUUCCACAGCAUCUUCUACCUCAGUUAACAUUGUAGUAAUUGUCGUGGGAGGUAUCGUUCCUCUAGUAGGAAUCAGUCUAAUUGUUGCAAUCGGUUCUUUCAUAUGUCGGCAUCUAAGGCAACGCCGAUCUCUGAAUGUUGAAGCCUGUUCAGCGAGUACCACGAACCCACAAUUCGAAUUGGCAGUUUGUCCGCCUGCACAGUCAGAACCAUCACUACAAAUUCCAGCAGUACACUCAGCACCAUCAUCUCAGACUCCACCGACACAGUCAGAACCAGCAGCUCCGAUUCCACCGACACAGUCACGACCAUCGUUUCAGAUUCCACCAACACAGUCACGACCAUUCUUUCAGAUUCCACAGACGCAAGCAGAACCAUCAUUUCAGAUUCCACCAAUGCAGUCAGUACCAUCAGCUCAGAUUCCACCAACUCAGUCAGCAGCACCAUUUCAGAUGCCACUGGCACAGUCAGCAUCAUCAAUUCAGACUCAAAGUCAUGGUCUUGACCCAUCCCUUGAUAUCUAUAGCAGUUAUUGUCCAGAACGUCAUGACUCUAAUCAACCUCGUGCUUAUUAUGCUUACGCUCAAGACAGGCCAGGCUCACUGCAACAGCAACCGAUAGUUUUCCCCCCACCAUUUCAAGAGCAAUCAUUCAUCAAUAACUGAUCAAUCACUAAGCAAGACUUUGUAACAAACUUGAGUGUUGCUGUAAAGCUAAAUGAACAUC